AUGUGGAAUCUGCCCUCAGAGUUCAUCUUUCAGCCAGAACUUGGGAAGACUCAAGAAAGAAGCAGCAGUCUGCCUGGAUGUAACUUUUCCUAUGGAUUAUAUAUACAUGGUUUGGAUGGAGGGGUCCCUGAAGCGAUCGGGCAUUGGCACGCUAUGAAAUCCGCCCCUCCCGCCGAGGGUGAACUGCCCCGAAAUUUUAUCAGCAUGAACUACAAGGCUGUCAACGCCGGCCUGGUGACGGCCCAUGAGCAGUUGCUAUUCCGCAAUUUACGUGACAUCCGCUGCAGCAAAAAGGACGAGAGGCAUUUCCAGAAGGACCCCCCACCCGUCCCUCCAGACGCGACCCAUGGCAUUCGGGCACGGCCGUCCACUCCCCUGUUUGAUAUCCUUCAGUACAAGUACCAGCGGCUUUGGUUGGAGGAACAAAAAAAAGCUGCAAAAGCCCAGAAUGUGGAGAAAAACACGAAGAUACAGCGGGGGAAGGUGCACGAGACCCGAACCACCAUGCUGAGGAAGUAUCAACCCCCAGUGAAGCUGGAUCCUCUCUGGCAGAUGCCACAUUUCCAGAAGGUGGGCCGUCAUCUUGAUACAUUCCCCGAUGAGAAGUCUCGCCAGCGGGCGAUCAAAGCCCAUCGGAACGAGAUGCCAGGGCUCCGGGGCACCCUACGCCUAGGCAACUUCACCACCCUCUAGGCAAUCACCUUUCCAAGAAAUCCUUAUAACAGUAGAACUUCCUCCUUUAGAUUAGACCACUCUAGGCCUCACUAUCCUGUCCUUACACAGACACAAUGCCUGGGUCUCUUAGUGGAGGUUCUCUCUGGAUAAGGCCCUUAGAAAGGACCGUUUCCUUUGCUGCCAAUGUCCGUUGCUUUUAGUUUAGCGAGCAUCAGUCCUUGCAAUGUUCCCGUCCAAAUGACCAUCACUUCCCUCCCCUCAUUCAGUUUAGAAUCAUCUUCCCUUGGGCCUUUAGUCUCCCUUACCCCCAUUUUCCUCAAACUCACUUACGACGUGCUUCUCAUGAAGACAGGUGAAAGGGCAGGGACAGACGAAAGAUAUUCCUUCCCGUCAGACCCUACAUCCCCGCCACGCUGACAAAAAGUACAAACGUGCUUCCUUGCAAAGACCAGCUCGUCAAUGCCGUGUUUGGAAAUUCCCUGCUUUCCCUCCAUAACCCUCAUGUUACCUGCUAAGCCCGUUCCAUUUUAGUGCUUAUCAUCUAUUCCUGUGAGCCAGCCAAAGGCAGUAGCCCAUCUGCUUCCCUGAAUGCCGCACUCUGGGAAUGACAGAGCUGGCCCGCUCUCCCAAGCUGUUACCUGAACCAAUCACCUGAAGUCCCUGGGGACUUCAAUAUCCAUGUUGACAUUCCUAAAGCACCGUACGGUCACCCACUCUCUCGAUAUUCAUAUCCACUCAUGAAAAGAGAAAUUUCCGAUUCCUGGGAGAGCCUGAAGGACCAUCCACUGGGUGGUGGUUCUCUCCAUUUUCAUCACCCUCCUGCCACUGAAUGAAGGCAUCGACCCUUAGGGUUCUGCUCCUCUGGUGCAUCGGCCUGGCGGGUCUGGAGACAGAGUUCACCCCUCGAUUUUAAUAAAACAGUUUCAUUUGCAAAUCCU